AUGCCAUUCGCUGGGUCAAACGCACCCUGGGCAUCUUCUCGCGAUCCCAUGUCAACGAGACAUGUGCGCAAUGAGAACAUGGCACUUGGUGUGCCGGCAAGCUGCCUGCAGGCGACUUCUGGCUCAUCUUGGGAGCAGGAUGCACACGGUUUCUGGAGCCGGGCAGCUAGAGCAUGCGAGCUCCAUCAGAAGCUUUUGAGACAAGACCGAGCUAAGUCUGCACAAAGCGCGUGCGCAAAAACUGAGUCAGUCCAAAAGGCACUACAAGACCUUGAGACUCUUUUUGUGGCAAUGGGCCGGCAGUACGAUGACCUCCAAGAGGUGGCAUCUCGACACCGACAGCAGGCAGCCAGGACCCGUCUUGCACCAGAAGGAGACGCGGAAUGGACGGAUCAACAGGCUGCGCUACAACAGCGACUUUCUGAGCAACAAUCCACAUCGCGACAUCUUCGAACAGAGCUUGCUGAGGCACUGCACCAGGAACAAGCAGCACAAGAAGCUGGUCUUCGCUUAUUGGCAGAUGCACAGGUUCACGAGCUGGAGCUGCGUGAGCUGCGGCUGCAACUUGCGGCCAGCGAACAUCGUAACUCGCAGCUUUCACGUUCACUGGCUCGUUCCAGCCCAGCUUCAUCCAGCUCACAGGCCCCGCAAGAACUCCCUUCGGAGGUCCAGCCUGUGAUUCCAGUCGAAGCGAUCACUGAAGAAGCUGGCGCCGAGCAUGUCCUCAACAAUUGGGUACAGAAGGUUUGCGAAUUCGGCAUGAGCGGCCGCUGUCACAGCCUUACGGCAUUGUUCCACUUCGGGUACACAGCCUGGAAGCAGUUAAUGCACUCUUCUCUGCAAGGCGAGCGCUGGGGUAUGGAGUCUGUGGAAGACAUCUCCCCGGGCCACAUUGCAGAAGAGGAAGAGAAGCAAAGCCAGGUUCUCUUUAAGGAAGAGCCGCCUCGAACUCAUUUCGCCUGCAUUUCUGGCGUCUGCUCUUUCUUGCAAUUCUUUGCCUCAGCAUGCAUGAGCAUGUCUGCAUUUCCGGUCGGAAAUCGGCAGCCUUUCGGCCCAGCAGCCCAGCAGCUGGCGGUUCCGCUUGGCGUGGCGGAGCGAGUCAUGGAAGGCAACGAAGCACAGCAUGGUUCAUGUACUUUGCCGGCUGCACUCGAUGAUGGCAUUGCGGACGCGGAUCGAACAAACACAUUGCUGACCAAGCUUCAUGAGCUUCGCAAGACUCCGCAAAAGUCGCCACACACGAUGACCGACACCAUCCAGAAGAAGGUCGAAAGCAACUUAUUGGCACCAUCGAGUCCAUGCCUGUCCACUGCCACCCGGGACUCUGGAGUGAACUCCCGCGAAUCUACACAUUGCUUGACACCACGUGAUGGCUCUCAGGAUGAAUCCGGCUCUCCGGUAUUCGAGGCCGAUAAGACAUGGCUCACUGACAAAGAGAUUGGGGCAACUGCCGAGCCCGGCAAGGAAAGAGAACUUCAGCGUUGGGCUGCACCUAGUAACUGCGAUGGCACGUUGGAGGAGCUUGGUGGAACUCAGAAAAGUGAGAGUCACUGGGACCAGUUCAAAGCAAACGCGGAGCUUUUCGGCUACGUCUCCACUUUCAAGGAAGAUCUCUCGCAGUACUCCACCAUCAUCGAUGUCGCCAAAGUGCCGGCCCAUGCACGCAAGAAGGCUGAACGCCUAGCCAGAGAGAUUGAAGUUCGUCACAGCAUCCGAGGCAGUGCUGACGAAGAAGCUGCAGGACGGGAUGAAGAGAGCCUGUUUUCGGCUGUGUCGACGGGUUAUGCUGGUGCGCAAGAAGACGCUGCGACGAACCGUGGGCGAUCGAGUAGCCAGAUCCAGGUUGAGGACAAGCCUCGAGAGGAGCACGGCCUUCUUGCAAACACGCAGCCAGAAGCACAGAUGAAGGUCUCCGGCUCCUUUUUCCAUGUCGAGGGUGUUGGACUGCUUGAUGAAAAUCUGGUCCGUUCCAACCCAUGGAUGUUAGACCAAAACUCAGCAAGAAACCAGCCAAUCGCUCCCGUGACGCCGGGCUUUCUGAGCACACAGCCGCAGAAUGCAUCAACUGCAGUGGACUCCGGUCCGUCUGCAUCUCCGGUGCUUAGCACGGCGCCCGUGUCUACGCCACACGUGUCCUUUGCCAGGGCGCCGCAGAUGCCGCAGGUCCUCCCCGCAGGUGCUGCCGUCAUGAUCGAUGGUCUGAUGACAUGUCCGACCUUUAAUGGCCUGACUGUCAUCAUCGAUUCCUAUGACGCAGAGACCAACCGCUACAACGUGCAGUUGCCCCUGACGGACAACUUCGGUGUCAACCAGAUUGCCAAGAUCAGACCUGAGAACCUGAAGAUCUAUCCAACUCCUCGAUGCCAGUGA